AUGCUGCUAGGAGCCUCCAUUCAGCCUGACCAUCGAGGAGAGCCUUGGUUCGAAGAUGGCAAUAUCGUCGUCCUCACCGAGGACAUCGACUCGGAUGUCACUGUCGCGUUCAAGCUACACCGCGGCGUGCUCGCUCGGCAUUCCGAAGUCUUCCAGUCAAUGUUUGAGCUCCCUUCCCCGGACGCAACCGAUGUCGAGGUAGCGGAGGGAUGCCAAGUCGUGCGGAUGCAUGACCGCCCUACGGAGCUGAGUGCGCUCGUUCGCGCGUUGUACGACGGAGCGAUAUUCCAGCAUCGCGGGAUCGAGGAUUUUUACCAUGUCGCCGGCAUCCUGCGUCUCUCCACCAAGUACUUCAUCGCCCACCUCCGCCGCCAAGCCAUUCGGCAUCUCCUCGAGACCUGGCCGCACACCCUCCGGGGGCAUGAUCAAUUCAUCGAGCGCGCUGUGAAAGCACCGCUCGUCGGGGACCUCACGUAUCCGUACGUGCAUCCGCUCCACGUCCUCAACCUCGCCCGCGAGACGCACGUGGACAUCGUCGUGCCCUCUGCGCUCUACUUCCUCUCCCUUUACAACUUGGACGACAUCCUUCGGGGCGACCACCCGAAGCUCCUCGUCGAGCACCCUUCGCGACCGUCCGGCCAGCUCUCGCCCCGCGAUCUGCAGGACUACACACUCAUGUUCCAGCACCGAAUCACCGUCGUGUUGGAUUUCAUCAGGACGAACUGUAGCGCGCGCCAGGCGUGCCCACAAUGUACAGAGCAGAAGGGGACAUGCCAGAGGGCGUUCGUGCGGCUCGGGACGCGGUUGUCGCGCUCAUGGGUCGUCCGGACAGGGCCGCUACACUACAUGGUGCAGGCCAUCGACGAGCUCGCCGACGACCCAACGAUCUGCAGGCCCUGUCGGCGAGCUUUCAAGCACGACAUUAUGGCUCUCAGGGAGAAGAUCUGGUCUGAAUUGCCAGGCGUCAUUGGGUUACCAUCGUGGGAGGAGUUGGAGAAGAUGGAUAUGGCAUGA